CGGACCCACAUUAAAUUUAAAAUCCAGAAAAAAACCCUUUAAAUUCCUUGAGUUAAACAUCAGUUAAACGCUGCUGUGUUUUUAAAUUACCAGUUUAAGGUCCAUUAUGAUUCUCUCCCGAAAGGAAAUCGUAUCGUUAUUGCUGCUCAUCACGGCGAUCCUCUGUCUGCUGAACGCGGCGCUCUUCGCCAAUAUCCUGCCCCUCCACGUCAGUUAUGAGCAGGUGGCCCACCAAGUGGUCUGCGUAGGAACCUCCUACAUUUGCGUGAUUUACGCCCUGAGCACCUGGAUGUACCACUCGAAUUAUUCCAGGACCCGUCAGCACAUGCGAAUGGUGCUGGUGACCACGCUCCUGGGAAUGAUGGUCUGCAACAUCGUCGCAACCUAUUAUUUCUUUGUAGGCUUGGCCUUCACCAAACUGGAGGAAGCCAUGGAUCUAUACUUACUCUUAAACAGCUUUGCGGUGGCCUCAAAGACCGUCAGCUUGGGCCUGUCGGUCACCUCCAUUCUUCUGCUCUUCUUGACCUUGGUGCUGAUCGUUAUUAAGAUCAUGCAGAAACGCCCCAAGCACAGUCUCGAGGAGAAGCUGGAGGAUGUGGAGUCGCAGAAGCAAUGAGUCCCACUCCCCUGGGAGUGCACAUUAGGUUUGGUUUUCAUGCAACGCCAAACAUUUCAUGUCGCUGCAAUGUGGCGCCGCAGUUGCAAUAAUAUAAAUAUUACACUCGUACGACGUCUGGUCCAGACAGACACGAGCUGCUCACCUCCUUUAUAUUUUCACCCAUGACACACAGAUUUCGCCUGUGUGCUUUCUUCGCAGGUGAUAUAAAAAAUAUAUAAAAGGACCUCUCUGCCAUUGCUUUUCUUAGUCGCACUGUGCAUGCGCUUGUUACUUAUAUACUUAAUAGUUUUAAAUUUUGAAUACUA